GUCGUUUACCGAGUAGUGUGUGGUGGUAGCUGGGUGAGGUUAUCAGGUCCCAAUUCCCAAAAAUAAAAUCUGGUUACGGUUUAGAGAGGAGAGAGUGAAGGUGAAACAAUCCCCAACGGUUUUGUGUUGAGAGACAAAUGGAGAAGCAAAGUGCUUCCGAAGACGAGGUUUUAUCGGUCGAGCUUCCAGCGCCUCCUGCUUGGAACAAACUGUUCUUCCCUAAGAAAGUGGGAACACCAAGAAAAAGUGAGAUUGUAUUCAUUGCUCCAACUGGGGAGGAGAUCAGUAGCAGAAAACAAUUGGAGCAGUACCUAAAGGCACAUCCUGGCAAUCCUGCGAUAUCCGAAUUUGACUGGGGAACUGGUGAGACCCCUAGACGGUCAGCAAGGAUCAGUGAGAAGGUCAAAUCAACCCCACCAGCAGAUAGUGAUUCUCCAAAGAAACGAGCUCGAAAAUCAUCAGGAUCAAAGAAGGAUAACAAAGAAACUGAGUGUGAUUCAGAGGAAGGCAAUGCAAAGUCUGCUACUGAAGAACCCAAGGCUGCAGAGGCACCUGAAGAGGAAGAUGUUGAAGCUAAUAAAGGAAAUGAUAACUCUGGAGAAAAGCAACUUGAGAAUGGUGAUAAAACUCAACAAAUUGAACAAACCAAGAAGCCAGAUGUAGAUAUGGAAGAAACUGAUCUGAAUGGCACUAGUAACAAAAUAGAGAGUGAUUCAGAGGAAAUUAAUAAUAUUCAUUUGGGAGGGGAACAUGUGAUUGCUGAAAAGCCUGAAGGUGAGGAAGCUGAAAAGCAAGAAGUCGCAUCAGUCGCGGAAUCAGCAGAGAAAGUUACUGGAGAAGAUUCCUAUGCUGCGGUCACCGAAAAAUCACAAGGGGGCGAACCAACUGAAUCCGAGGAACAAAAUGGUGCAAUUGACAAGAAGCAGGAUAAAUCAGAUGCUGUGAUUCUAGAUGCUAAUGAAGGAGCCGAGAAAGAGAAUCCUAAUGCUUUGCCACAUUCAUCUGUUGAAGGGACAAAUGCUAAGCAAGAUACACUUGUAACUGAUGGCGAAAACACCAUUCAAUCUGAGGAGCAAGUGAAGAUGAAGGAUGGGGAGAUAAUUGACAAUGGAAAAGUAAAACCCUUCAACAUUCAUCAUACCCUCGUGUGAGCUUGUGAAAUGUAUUGUACUAUAUUGCCUGGUGCCUGUGACUUUUUUUUAGUAAUUUUGUAACCUCAUGGAUGACUGUAGUGUUUGUUGUUGUAUUCUAAGAUUCGGUUGUACUUACUACCUAGGAAAUUAAACGAAUCUCCCUUGUAGAUUAGGACUUCUGAUUUUCCAUAGUGAAGUUAUGUCGAUUAUAGACUUUUGUCUUUUGGCACACAUUUGUGUUAGUAGUCAUUUAAAUUUCACAUUCCCCGGAUUUCUUACGCUUC